GGCGCCUGGCCCGGCAUGGCGGCGCGGCGGUGCGCGGGCGGCGCGGCCGCCUUGGCUGAGGCGCCAGGCUGCGGCGCGGCGGUGGAGCCGGCCCGGGAGCUGUUCGAGGCCUGCAGGAAUGGGGACGUGGAGCGGGUCAAGCGACUGGUGCGGCCCGAGAACGUGAACAGCCGCGACACGGCGGGCAGGAAGUCUAGCCCGCUGCACUUCGCCGCAGGUUUUGGUCGGAAGGAUGUAGUUGAAUACUUACUGCAGAGUGGUGCCAAUGUCCACGCACGAGAUGAUGGAGGCCUUAUCCCGCUUCACAAUGCUUGCUCUUUCGGUCACGCCGAAGUUGUCAAUCUCCUCUUGCGGCACGGUGCAGAUCCCAAUGCUCGGGACAAUUGGAAUUACACUCCCCUUCAUGAAGCGGCCAUUAAGGGCAAGACAGAUGUCUGCAUUGUAUUGCUGCAGCAUGGUGCUGAACCAACCAUCCGGAACACAGAUGGAAGAACAGCUUUGGAUUUAGCAGACCCAUCUGCAAAAGCAGUGCUGACUGGUGAAUACAAGAAAGAUGAACUCUUAGAAAGUGCCAGGAGUGGAAAUGAAGAGAAGAUGAUGUCUCUUCUUACACCGUUAAAUGUUAACUGUCAUGCAAGUGAUGGCAGAAAGUCUACUCCUCUACAUUUAGCAGCUGGGUAUAACCGUGUAAAAAUAGUACAACUGUUACUGCAGCACGGGGCUGAUGUACACGCGAAGGAUAAGGGAGAUUUGGUGCCACUUCACAAUGCCUGUUCCUAUGGUCAUUAUGAAGUAACAGAGCUUCUAGUAAAGCAUGGAGCAUGUGUGAACGCAAUGGAUCUGUGGCAGUUCACUCCUCUGCAUGAAGCAGCUUCUAAGAACAGGGUGGAAGUAUGUUCUCUUUUGUUAAGUUAUGGUGCUGACCCAACACUGUUGAACUGUCACAACAAAAGCACCAUUGAUUUGGCUCCAACGCCACAGUUAAAGGAACGAUUGGCAUAUGAAUUCAAAGGUCACUCGCUGCUACAAGCUGCAAGAGAAUCAGAUGUUGCUCGUAUAAAGAAACAUCUUUCUUUGGAGACAGUUAACUUCAAGCAUCCUCAAACACAUGAGACAGCACUGCACUGUGCUGCUGCAUCACCAUAUCCUAAGAGAAAACAAGUUUGUGAAUUGCUGCUAAGGAAAGGAGCCAACAUUAAUGAAAAGACAAAGGACUUCUUGACUCCUCUGCAUGUAGCAUCAGAAAAAGCUCAUAAUGAUGUUGUUGAAGUAGUUGUGAAACAUGAAGCUAAGGUUAAUGCUUUGGAUAACCUUGGCCAGACUUCUCUUCACAGAGCGGCACAUUGUGGUCAUCUCCAAACUUGCAGGUUGUUGUUGAGUUCUGGAUGUGAUCCUUCCAUUGUCUCUCUGCAGGGCUUUACAGCCUUACAAAUGGGAAAUGAAAGUGUGCAACAGCUACUGCAAGAAGGUAUCCCUCUAGGUAAUUCAGAUGCAGAUCGACAGUUGUUGGAGGCUGCAAAGGCUGGAGAUGUGGAUACUGUAAAAAAACUAUGCACGGUUCAAAGUGUGAACUGCAGAGAUAUUGAAGGGCGUCAGUCUACACCACUUCAUUUUGCAGCUGGAUACAAUAGGGUGUCUGUUGUUGAGUAUCUGCUUCAGCAUGGAGCUGAUGUGCAUGCAAAAGAUAAGGGAGGACUUGUUCCUUUACAUAACGCUUGCUCGUAUGGUCACUAUGAGGUUGCAGAGCUGCUCGUUAAACAUGGUGCAGUUGUCAAUGUAGCUGACUUAUGGAAGUUUACUCCCUUGCAUGAAGCUGCAGCAAAAGGAAAAUAUGAGAUUUGCAAACUCCUAUUGCAGCAUGGAGCUGACCCAACCAAGAAAAACAGAGAUGGCAAUACUCCUUUAGACCUUGUUAAAGAUGGUGAUACUGAUAUUCAAGACCUACUUAGAGGAGAUGCAGCUCUACUAGAUGCUGCUAAGAAAGGUUGUUUGGCCCGGGUUAAAAAGCUGUGUUCACCUGACAAUGUCAACUGUCGGGACACACAGGGACGGCAUUCAACACCGCUACAUUUAGCAGCUGGUUACAACAAUUUGGAGGUUGCAGAGUACCUGUUACAGCAUGGAGCAGAUGUGAAUGCUCAGGAUAAAGGAGGUUUGAUUCCUCUGCAUAAUGCUGCAUCUUAUGGGCAUGUAGAUGUGGCAGCUUUACUUAUAAAGUAUAAUGCGUGUGUGAAUGCUACAGACAAAUGGGCUUUCACUCCUUUGCAUGAAGCAGCCCAGAAAGGAAGGACACAGCUUUGUGCCUUGUUGCUGGCACAUGGGGCUGAUCCUACUCUGAAAAACCAGGAAGGACAAACACCUUUAGACCUGGUCACUGCAGAUGAUGUCAGCGCAUUAUUGACAGCAGCAAUGCCUCCUUCUGCCUUACCGUCUUGCUACAAACCUCAGGUUAUAAGUGUAUCUCAGACACCAGGUUCUACAGCUGAUCCCUUGUCGUCUGUUCCAUCCAGUCCAUCCAAUCUGUCUGCUGCGAGUAGUCUUGACAAUUUGUCUGGUAGUUUUUCUGAACUUCCGUCAGUUGUUGGUACAAACAGUGCAGAGGGAGCUACUGUUCUGGAGAAGAAGGAAGUCUCAGGUGUAGAUUUCAGCAUAAAUCAGUUUGUGCGGAACCUUGGCCUUGAGCAUCUAAUUGACAUAUUUGAGAGAGAACAGAUAACAUUGGAUGUGUUGGUUGAAAUGGGACACAAAGAAUUGAAGGAAAUCGGAAUUAACGCUUAUGGCCAUAGGCACAAAAUCAUUAAGGGAGUUGAAAGACUGAUUUCUGGACAGCAAGGACUUAACCCAUACCUGACUCUAAACACCUCCAGUAGUGGAACUCUUCUCAUAGAUCUUUCCUCAGAAGAUAAGGAGUUUCAGUCAGUAGAAGAGGAGAUGCAGAGUACUGUCCGAGAGCACAGAGAUGGAGGACAUGCUGGCGGAGUCUUCAAUAGAUACAACAUUUUAAAGAUUCAGAAGGUCUGCAACAAAAAGCUAUGGGAAAGAUACACUCACAGGAGGAAAGAGGUCUCUGAAGAGAAUCAUAACCAUGCUAACGAAAGGAUGCUGUUUCAUGGCUCUCCAUUUGUGAAUGCAAUCAUUCACAAAGGCUUUGAUGAGAGACAUGCUUACAUAGGUGGCAUGUUUGGAGCUGGGAUUUAUUUUGCCGAAAAUUCUUCCAAAAGCAAUCAAUAUGUGUAUGGGAUUGGAGGUGGCACUGGAUGUCCAAUUCACAAAGAUAGAUCUUGUUACGUUUGCCACAGGCAGUUGCUGUUUUGUCGUGUAACGCUGGGCAAGUCUUUCCUGCAGUUCAGUGCUAUGAAAAUGGCCCAUUCUCCCCCUGGACAUCACUCAGUUACUGGACGACCCAGUGUAAAUGGACUGGCAUUGGCAGAAUAUGUCAUUUACAGAGGGGAGCAGGCUUAUCCAGAAUACUUGAUUACUUAUCAGAUCAUGAAACCUGAAGCCACCACUGAAGCUUAAAGACAAAUAAUGUGUGAGAAACCAUCAGACUUGGAUGCGAAGAUGCCAAUGGCUGCCAUCCUGUUAUCUGCAAUGAGUUGUUGAAAAACUUCCAUCCACAGGUGGUGUGGUAGCAAAUGUGAAUAAAAUCUGCCGUUUUUGACUUGAUAAAGCUUUAAUAAUGUAUAGUAUGUUUUUCUAAAAUUUCAGAAUUGUCCUCUUUUUCAGCACUUUAACAGAUACCAUUUCAGGCGUAAACUGCGGUUGGCCUGUACUAAAUUAUAAACAAAAAAUAACUUGAAACAAUGGUUUUAUACAGUACUGCAUUGAAAUUUAACAGAAAUUAUAAUGCUCUAUACAGGAAAUCAUUUUACUAAUAUUGUGUUCUUUAAAACACUGCAUUUACACUGAAAAUGUUUUCAUUUGUACAACUGUAAAUAAGAGCUUUUGUACUAGCUUGGUAUUUAUUUACAUUGCUUUGUAAUAUAAGUGUUUUAGAACUGCAACCUUGUACAAAAUGUUUUUUUCCAAAUGUUGGUUUGUUCAUCUGUUUGCUCAUGCACAAUAGAUUUGAAAAGCCAAUUUUCUUCAGGGUUUAUCACUUGUUUGGGAGGGAGAAAACAAAUUUUAUCUGAAGAAGUUUAGAAAUAGUCAACUUUAGAUUGAAUACUCAAUUUUUGUCUGUAGUUUUAUUUAUGAAAUAUACAUUCCUGAGAAUGAUAGGCUAUGAAAAUAUUCCAACUGAAUGCUGAUGUGUUUUUCCACCUCUCUACUAGAGUCUCCUAUUUUUAUUUCUGUAAAACGUCUUUUGAAGUUUUUAUUUAACUGUAGCUAUAGUUAACCUGUAUCCUCACUUCAAGGCUAGUAGACCUUGCAAGUUAGUUUUAAUAAAUUAUUUUCCAUGAAUGUAGUUGGCAAAUUAACCUCAAGGAGGUCUGUCUUGAGUUCCUCUCGCUUCCAUUUAAGCUAGGAAGUUAAAUGGUUCAUUCCUAAUGUGAGGGCGGGCAGCUUGGCCUUCUCCGUGUGAUUAUUUUGGUAAAUGAAUCUCCUGUUGGUGCCCUCAGGAUGUGAGUAUUGCGAGGUGGAAAUGUUAAAACCAUCCUGUCAUCUCCUGUGUUUCUUCCAUGUUAAUGUUCAAGCUGCAGUUGAAGCGCUUGCCUAGAAGCGUGCUUACCUGCAGUGCUUCUGGCUGAGUGGAGCUGAUCAGGGCGCACAGCUCAGGUCCCUCGUGCUCAUGCCACUGGAUGAGCAGUGUGGAAGGGGGCCGAGCAGUUCUCCCGUGGGGAUGGCUGCCUGUGGUACCCUGUUGAGACCACUGGUGUGGAAGAGGAGUGCCAAAGGUACCGCCCCGUGCCAGGUCGCAUUCAGGGUUAUUGAAUGCGCUGAUCGGUUCGGUCGGCCCUGUCAUAGCUUUCAUAUGUAUUCUACUUCACUUCCAUCUGCAGUUUAUUGCCUACGUAUUUCAAAAAUAUGUAAAUACAAAUUAGAGUUCUUUUGGGUUUAAAGUGGUUAGGAGUAUAUUUGAGUUUUUUAAUAUUUCUACAUACAGGACAGCAUCCCGGAAGGCAAUUUGUUUGCUGGCCAUGUUAUCACCAUGGUUUUAAAUGUAGUAACUGGUCAAGAUAAUGAAAACGUCUUGCUGAUGUGGUGGUUAUGUGAUUAUGCUCUAUGUAAAAAUGUAUUGAACCUUACCCAGUUAUGUGGGGAAUCUGAGUAAUAAGAUUGCAUAACUUAACUCUUGCAGAAAGUAAUAUUGGCUAUGACUUAAAAAGGCUUUGAUUUUUAGGUACUUUUCCCAGCAUGUUGCCUGUUCCUUUGGUAUAGUAACGCUGGAAUUGGUGUUCAUGCAAAACCUGUUAAGUAUGUUUAAAACUUCUUUGUUAUUGCUAAAAUGCUUCAUUCUCUAUGAAUGAUCACCUAAUGUCUUGUAAAAUAUUGUGGUAUGAUAGAUUUAAGUGGUACCACAACACUGGUUUUGUCUGUUUGGGGAUUUUUUGAGCUGUUUUUUUGCAUGGCAUACCUUGCACUCUGAAGAUGGAAGCUGUAAUGAUUUGAUAAUAUUGACUAUUGAGGUGAAUCUUUAAUCUCGUUCUCGUGCAAUUAGUUCUGCUUUAUUCAUCCUGAAGUGUCUUUACAUGUACUGUAUAACAUUCCAUAUUCAUUUAACACUAAAUAAACUUAAUUCACUGGUUUUCUGGUAGCACGAGUAAUUACAGAUGUAGUGUGUCAGCCCACUGUUUUGAAUGUUAGCAUGCAAGAUGAUAUAACAAACUACAUCAGUAGAGGGGAAAUUAAUUGCAUUAGAGAAGUGUGGACAAAAACCUGUAACUGCUGUGGAAACUUGUAGUUUGGUGUAUAGCUAACUAACCGCUUUAGCUGGCAGUGCAGAUGUUUUAGUACACUGAAGCUUCCAUCUGGAUUUAUUUUGCAUUUAAAACUCCGUUAUCUGGUCCUAAGCUGGAAGAAAAUGGCCUUGUAAAAUGAAGAGUAGCCUUAAAAUUUGGACCUUUCAGUUUCUGUAUUGGUAGCAGGGUGAUAAAUCACUUACUUGCAGUAAUAAGUAGAAGUUCUCUUUCAGAAGGAGCGUUUGUGUGGUAGGAGGCUUCCAAAACCAGACUUGAACAGAAGAUGCAAAAAGAGAUGAUCGCUAGAGGGCAGGAGAGUAAAUCUUUAGGAAGACAGAAGGUGAUGAAAUUUCCUUAAGGUAUCUUGGGAGUGUAAUUACAAAGAAAAUCGUUCCUGAAAAUUUUGCUUAUCUAGAUUGUUACCAGAAACAAACAAAAAAGUAAAUUUAGCUUCCCAUUCUGCAUUUUAUAAGGUAAUUAAUGUAAAAACAAUUGCUUCAACUAAAGAAAUUGAAAAUUUUAGGAUUUUCUCAAGACUAUACUCAUAGUAAGACUUUAGUUCUAACAAACUCAGAAAUAAUUUGGCGAGACUCUUCUGCUGUAUGUAACUGAAAACUAGGAUUUAUCCCUACGAUGUGUGUCCAAAGUUCAAGAGCUGUGCUGGCACUGAUUUUGAAUGGAGAAAAUUGUAUAAAAGGAGUUGCUCCUGCCUUUUCUACCCUGAACUUCCUCAUUAAGCAUAGUGUUGCAUGUGUAUCCAUACGUGUGUAUUUAUGAAUACGCACACAUGCUUUUUCCCUUACCUCAUUCACCACAGAGGAGCAGUAACGCUGGAGCUGCAGUGGCUGAGGAUGGUGGCAGCAGGGGCAGUGCUGUAGCUGAGGGUGCACUGGGAGGCACUUGCCUCCUAGCUGCCCCUGGGCAGCAGGCCUCGGAAGUGGUGCUCUGGAGCAUAGGGAGGGGUUGUUCUCUCUGCCUGUGCCUCCCCAGGUGACCAGGGAAAGCUGCAGGCGGCCAGGACAGAGAGCAAGACAAAAAGAAAAAGCACGUGGACGACUGGUUUGGAGUUAUGUGUUUUGCUCUGAAAAGGGGAAGGUUGACAAGAUAGGAGGGGAGAGAGAUACUAUUCACAUUUGAAGAAAGAAAUGUAAAUUGUAAGGGUACUGUAAACUUAUGGUUAUUUCUGUCUCAUUUUGAGUUAAAAUGGUAAAUAAAUGUUGGUGUAUAGGCAUUACAGGGAUUUUAAAAUAGCUGCUCUUGUUAAGAGAACAAAUGGUUGUAAGGAGAAAAUGGCAGCCAAUUCAAAACCUUCACAUUAGACCUGGGAAAUAAUGUGUGCAAGCAAAAGAAAUAGGAUUCAAAACCUGAAGGCAAACAUCCUAAGCAGUAGUUCUUAAAAGAAUUGUUUGGGAAGCACUCUCGGAGGUAAGCACCAAUCAAAACAACACAGCAGCUCGUAUCCUUAAAUGAACGUAGCACAUUAAAUAGCCUGCACAGAUUCUGACGAGGGGUAGGAUGUAUGCAGAUGGGGUUGGGGACUUCAAUGCAGCCAGAAAACUGGAGGAGGGAGGUGCAGAUCAGAUGCCCCUUUCCAUCUCCCCUGUAAUCCUGAUAAAAUUGCUGAAUCUGUUCAGCUGCCUUAGGGGGCAGAAGUGCAAGUGAGGUACGUUUCAGCUCAGGUCUCCAUAGGUGGGAGCACAGGGGACAGGGAAUUACUCUGUUUUGUGGGGCACUGGACAGCACAGGUCAGACAGAGCUGUAGCUCGUUGCUAACCUGGUAAAGUAGCAGGUAAAUACUGGGUAAGCAGGAAAAUGAGACUGAUGUAGGAAGAACUGAAAUAAUGUGAACAGAGGAAAAAGUGGAUUUUGUUUCCAAAAAAAGAGUAAAUCAAUUAGUGUGUAUAAUAUUUAUGAGCCAACUGAGGAGUGUGUUUCAUUUAAUAGCUUUUAAUUGUCAUACUUAAAGCGGAGGCUACUAAUUACGGUUACCAUAAUUAUUGUUUUAAUUAAUGAUAGAAUGAACUACCAGGCAACCUGAAAGUGUCAUAUUUAAAUAAGCAAAUCUGUAUGUAAUGAGCAAUGCCUGAUGAACCCUGCUUCCCUAACUCAAAUUAUUUUAUUGAUGCAUUGCAAUCAUGCAGUUGAAGCAAUUAGUCUGGUAUAAGAUGGACUGCUGAAGGAGAAACUUUCCAUUUGAGUAGUAAAUAUUCAUGAUAGUGCUCCUGUUUUCAUAAAAUAAAGUGUCAGUCAAGACUUAAGGAGAAUUUACAGUAAAUUAUUUAAAAUAUUUACAGAUAAGGGAAAAAUGAUAGAAGGGCAGUUUCACAAAUAGCAUAGUCCCAGUAGAGACUUAAGAGUCUUCUGAAGCGCAUUGUAUAAAGGUGUGAUUUAAUGCAAGGGUUCAGAACCCAGCAAUCAGACGACAAAGUACAUCUGACUUCACAAUGAAGAGACUAAUGACGGUUUAUUUCAAAAGAUGUGAAUUAAGCAAAAACCAUAUAGAUUUUUUAAAAAGAGAAGCAAAAUUUCUAUUGGUGCCAGAGCUGUCUGAGUGGAGAACAGAUUAGCAUGUGGCUGGUCAGUUGGAGUUCUAAAGAUACAGAACAGGCCGUGUCUUGAUUACAAGGCAAAUAUCGUAUAUAUAUGAUAAAACUGCUGCUCUUUACACUGGGGGAGAAUAAGUCAUAUUGCUGAACUUCUGAAAUAAAUAUAUAUAUUCCAAUUUUAUAGUAUAUAAAUUAAAUUAUCAAUAUAGAACCUUCUCUCCAAAGUCCUAUUUAGAUAUGCCUUGUAAGUGUUCCAGCUAUCUUUAAAAUCUCUUUGUAAGCAUUUGUAUAGUCAGACUGGCAACAGCACCGAAGGUGUGGGUGCCAGCAUGUGGCAACUAGUCCCAAGGUGGAGUUCUAAUGGGAGUCAUACGCUAUGGGUGGGACUGCUCUUAAAAGUUCACUUCAUCAAUGAUAACAGGAAGCAAGAUGCUCGUAUAAUGAAAGAAGGAAAAAAUAAUAGUAAUUUCACACUUGGACCAGUUAAAAUGGAUUUUACAUUUAAUGUAAAUGGCAAAAUUUAUUCGGAGGCAAGCUUUAAAGCCAGUUCUGGGUAGUUUUAUAUAUAAAGUGCCUGGUAUGCUGCUGGAUGGAAGUAGUUCAGAGACAUAGUGAAAUCAUGAGAAUAAUUUGCGGGAGGUAGAAGAAUCUCUCAUUAUACACGUAGCAGCUUUUAACAGCCGAGAACCAGCAGGGAGCGGUCUGCAAGCAAACAGUUACGCGUUAGCUGUGCCCACUUUCUGCCCCCUGAGCCCUCCUGUUCCCAGAACCGCCAGCUUUUCAGAACAGGAGCUUAACUCAAUGUAUGGCUUAACAAUGUUUCAUGUAUCAAGUUUAGGUUGUGUUUACUUUUGUGGGAAGAAGAAUAAGUAAUGAUACAAUGUUGUACAAUAAAUAGCUUAAAUGUUGUUAAUUGUGUAAUAGGGUGAAUUGUUAUGUAUUACAGAUGCUCUAUUGUAAUAUCAAUAAAUAACAUAUUUUCCUUUAAAAAAUAUUUUAAAAUAA